UCUCAAACUCCUGGCCUCAAGCGAUCCUCCUGCCUCAGCCUCCAGAGUGCUGGGGUUACAGGCGAGAGCCGCUGAGCCGCGACGUGUCUUCCACUUUGAGAGCACUCACGGUGUCUUUGCUUUCUGCUCUCUCUCCCCGUCCUAAAGGAGCGGGGAGACGCCGAGGGCUUUCCUCAAAGGCGAGAACAGAACCGGGCAGAGCCUUGUCCAACACGACACCUUGUCACGCUCGUUAGUGCCACCCCUGGGAGGCUGUGCGGGCCCGCAUGGCCAGCAGACCUGUCUCCAGACACUUGCUCUCUAAACGAGGUCACAACAAGUGCUGACACUUACUCAGUGUCGUGGCGCCCCAUCCUCGCCAAGGAGCCCUGAGGAGUUGUGUCCCAGCCCCUCUCUGUCGAAGUCCUGUGGGCAGCCGGGAAACAGAGGACAUUAAGGGAAUGCCUCCAUGUGGUCCUGGACUCGGUUCGGGAUUUCUUCACCAGCGUUCUGGUGUUCCAUGACAGUAAACAGCUGGAGAUUGGUUGGUAACUCUUUCAUAAGUAGGUGCGAAAAUCAAACCUGUGUCGCUUAAGGAUGUCUUUGUGGAAUUCUGCAGACAGACGACAGCCAGAGGCACGUUAUUCCAAGGAGACGAGGCAAGAGCAGAUGAGGCUUGUUGUGCCUCUUUCCAGGGUUAAUACCUUGCCAGGGUGUGAGAGUGAACUAAGUUUUUCUUCUUCCAAGGUGGUGGUUCCUUUGCACCUAUUAGUUUCCUGGCGGUGGCUGUGGUCCUGCAAGUCCGAGGUGCAUCCUGGCCCGUGCGUCUCUCCGGCCCCGGCAAGGAUGGCAAAGACAUGCCCUGGAGAUGCCUCUGUGCCCACCUGCUUCCUGUCCCUGGUCUUCCUGCACCUCUUGCCUGCUGGCUGCUGUAAAAUCGGGAACGCCGAUUUCAAGGUCCUUGGGCCCGACGGCCCUGUCCAGGCCACAGUGGGGGGAGUCGCCGAGCUGUGGUGCCGCCUGUCCCCCAACAUCAGCGCUGAGAACAUGGAGCUGAGGUGGUACAGGGACCAGCCCUCCCCGGCCGUGCACCUGCACACGCAGGGACAGGACAUCCCCGGGGACCAGCUGGCAAACUACUCGGGCAGGACGGCCCUUGUGAGCGACCGCGUGGCCACGGGCGAGGCCGGCGUGAGGAUCCUCAGCGUCACCGCCUUUGAUAACGGGACGUACUGCUGCCGCUUCAAGGAUGGCGUCAUCUACAGCGAGGCUGCCCUGCACCUGCAGGUGGCAGGGCUGGGCUCGGAGCCCAGAGUGCAGGUGGCGGAGGAGCAGGGCAGAGGCGUCAGAGUGCAGUGCACCUCAGAGGGCUGGUACCCGGAGCCGCAGGUGGAGUGGACGGGCUCCAGGGGACAGGCGAUGCCUUCUGUGACCAGUCUCUCGGCCUCGGCCACCACUGGCCUCUGGACUGUGGCGUCCAGCGUGACUGUUGAGGACAGGACCUCGGGGAGUAUCUCCUGCUCCAUCUCCAACCCCGUCCUCCGGGAGACGAAGGUGGCCCAGAGCCACCUACCCGGUUCCUUCUCCACAAGGUCCCCGUUCUCAGCGUGGAAAGUAUCUGCGCCUCUGAUCUUCGCUGCAGUGGGACUCGUGACAUCCGGAGUCAUCUGCCUCUGGUGGAGACGUUGGCAGAAGAGCAGAAACCAGCUGGAAGAAGAGAGAGAGCCGAGAGAAGAGGAACAGAGACAGCAGGCCAGCAGGGACGGGGCCCAGCCAUGGCCAGGCCGGACGGAGAGUGGCUUCCUGCACGUGAGCCCGUCGCUGGACCCGGACACCGCCAGUGCCAAACUCAGCCUGUCUGAGGACGGGAAGAGCGCCACACGGCUGCUCCUCGCCCGGGACCUGCCCCCCAGCCCUGGGAGGUUCGACCCAGACCCCUGUGUCCUGGCCCAGGAGCGGUUCAGCACCGGGAGGUAUUACUGGGAAGUGGAGGUUGGGGACAGGAGCGCCUGGACCCUGGGCGUGUGUCGGGAGGACAUGGGUCGGAAGGGAAGGAUCCCCAAGUCCCCGCAGCAGGGGCUCUGGGCCCUGGAGCUUCACAGGAAGAGGUUCCGGGCUCUCUCCUACCCGAGGACCCGCCUGCGUCCCUCUCAGCCCCUCCGCCGGGUGGGCGUUUCCCUGGACUGUGCCGCCAGAGAGAUCUCCUUCCGCAACGUGACAGACGGGUCCCAGGUCUACAGGUUCUCUGGGCUGUCUUUCCUCGAGCCCCUAAAGCCGUUCCUCUGCCUGUGGACACUUGACCCCCGCCCGGUGACCUUCUGCCCAGUGGCCCAAGAGACACAGGAAGAGACUGGCCCUCCUGGAGGCCCGAAAUCACACCCUUAGAGGCCUCUGGCCUCGCCCAGGGCACUCCCCCCAGGCGGAGAGCAGCACCAUCCUCGACUGACAGGGACCCGCUCAGAGAGGCUCACACUCCCUCGCCAGCCCAGCUCUGCAGGACAAGCCCCCAGUCCCCAGCCCUGCUGGACCGUCCAGCGGCGCAGCUCCGGGCCCGUCACCCGUCACCCUUGCCUCGCCCGUCCUCCUGGGGGAGAUGAAGACAAUGUGUUCUGCGCCGAACCACGUCCGCAGACGCGCCCAGCAGGGACGUUUCACCGCUGCCUGGGCAUCCCUGAGCCAGUCAGGUGGACACAGAUUACCCGCCACAGCCGGCGUCUUCCAGCCUCGGUGGGGGGCAGGAGCCUGACUUCCCCAACCACCCUGAGCACGCCAGAUGGGUUUCACGUGGGCCAACGCCCCCUCCCCACUCUUGUAAAUUUUCACUUCCCUGACUCUAUUAAGUCCCCUAGGUUCUCCUCCCUAUACCCUACAUUCUCUAAUUUUUUUUCCCAAAAAUUUAUUAUAAUUAUUAUUUUGGAGACAGGGACUCGCUCUGUCAU